GUCAUGUCGAACAAACCAACAAACAGCGCUCUGUCUCCAAAAUCAUAUCAGUACAAGUUGGUUCUUCUGGGUGAAUCAGCAGUUGGAAAGUCAAGUCUGGUUCUCAGGUUUGUGAAGGGCCAGUUCCAUGAUUAUCAGGAGAGCACCAUUGGAGCUGCUUUUUUGACUCAAUCUGUGUGUCUGGAGGAUGCAACUGUGAAGUUUGAAAUAUGGGACACGGCAGGUCAGGAAAGAUAUCACAGUUUGGCACCCAUGUACUACAGAGGUGCUCAUGUAGCAAUUGUGGUUUAUGACAUCACAUCGCAGGAUACAUUCAGUCGAGCCAAAACCUGGAUAAAAGAGUUGCAGAGGCAAGCGAGUGCAGGCAUUGUCAUUUGCUUGGUGGGCAAUAAAAUUGAUCUGGCUGACAAAAAAAUGGUUGAAACUUCUGAGGCAAAGGCCUAUGCAGAUGAAAAUGGUUUGCUGUUUAUGGAGACAUCAGCCAAAACGGCCACUAACGUUACAGAACUCUUCAUUGCUAUUGCUAAAAAGUUACCGAAGAAUGAAUCGACCAGCCAUUCAGGUCAGAUGAGGCGGGGCAUCGAACUGAAUGCCACACCACAAACAGACAGCCAACAGACUGGAUGCUGUAAAUAAAUCUUUAUGAAGGAGGACGCUAUCAUUCAUUCUUUCAUUCAUUCGUUCAUACUAAACUUUUAUUUUGUUUCUUUGUCGUUAUUAUUAAUUAUCGGUAAUGUUUAUUAUUACUAUUAAAUAAUGAAUAUUGUUAUUAAUUGGACAUGUUAACGUGAUGCGUACACACGCACGCACAAGUUAAACAAUGUAUGUGCAUCAGACAAUGUUGCUGUUUGCUGCCUGGUUGUCGCCAUGUAGCUGCAGUUGUUUGCAUGCACUGCGUACUCCCCGAUCUGUGUUUAUUAAUUACAAAACAAUAUCCAACUUAGUGUAAUACGUCACCUUCAAUGUCAAAAAACGGAUAUAUUCAAUCACAUUUCGACUCUACAUUUAUUUUAAUUUUUCAUAUCUACUUUAUAGACUACGUUACAAUGUUUUAAUGUGUUUCUAACUUUUCUGGUUAUUGGCUUGUUGUGUGACGUUGAUUUGAAAUUACAUUUAAACUGUAAGAAUAAUUCUUAGAGAAGGUCAGCAAACUCUGUGAAAUCCUUUUUAAUCUAAUAAACAUUUAAUAUUUUUAACAUGUGAAUAUCAUUUUUUAUUUUAUUUUGUAUCAAAGUAUUUAUAUGAAAAACUGCAAGGAACUAUAUUGGUUCUGUUAUCUUCAAGAAAUAUCACAUUCACCAUCCCGAUUGUUAAGAACCUCAGUUUAUAAAAUUUAUUAAUAAGAUUGAUACUACAUACAUUUAUGAUGAUUUAUCAACUGAUCGACUUGUACAUAUGACAAAUGUAGUGUUGUGCACCUUGUACCUUACUUAUGUAGUGAUCGUCAUGCUUCGUAUGUACAACUGUGAACAACAGCGUACAUUUUGUAGUUUAUUAAAGAACGAUUCAUGUUUAAUACUAAUCCAUAUUUUAAAAUUGGCAAAUAAUGACAAACACUUCUUGAAAACGAACUGAGUUACUCUACGUGAUCGUCUGUGGAUCGAUAUAAGAUAGCGAACGUAACGAAAGUUUACAGCCUGCAUUGUAACCAUAUUAUAUACUCGCAUUUGUUAACUGUCUUCAUUGAUGAUCACCAUUUUAGCUUUGUACCAUUGGACAAAAACUAUUCUGAUGUAUUUUAUACGAUAAAUUUAUUAAUAAUUCGUUUUUUUUUCUCGAAAAAUUUGAAAACGUA